AUGAUCUUCCGUGCUCUCCUCAGCGCCCUGAAGUCGUGCAGGCACUUGAGGGAGGGCAGGGGACAGCCAACCACCCUCUCCGCAGAGCAUGAUGAUGAUGUGAGACCUGUGAAGCUCAGCAGCAGCUGGAAAUUCCUGCCUCCUGACAUGUCUGAGCUGAGGGUUGUGCUGCUGGGGAACAGUUGGACUCACAGGAGUGAAGUGGGGAACUUCAUACUGGGAGAGACGGUGUUUGAUCUUCAGAGAGCAGCUAAUCGCUGUCUGAGAGUGAGUCGACAGCUGAAAGAGAAGAAAAUAACACUCAUCAACACUCCAGAUCUGCUGCUUCCCAACAUCUCUCAAGACAAACUGACACAGGAUGUAGAAAGCUGUGUGAGGCUCUCUGCCCCUGGACCUCAUGUGUUCCUGCUGGUACUACAGCCUGAAGACUUCACUGAGGAUCAGAAACUGAGGUUACACAGAGUCCUUGAAGCCUUCAGUGAGCACUCUUUUGAUCAUUCACUGGUACUGAUAUCAACACCCAGAGAGGAGAGAUCAGCUGGAAACUACAUGCAACAUCCAGCCUUAAAGGACAUGAUCAGAAAAUGUAGAUACAGACACUUGAACCGAAUGAACCUUGAACUCUCAGAGCUGUUAGCCUGCCUGCGUCAAGUAGUGAAGGAGAACAAUGGAGAGCCUGUGAGCUGUGAUGUGUUUAAGGAUGCAGCUGCUGAUCAUCAAACACCAAAGCCUUUCAAUUUGGAUCGUGUUAGAGCUGCUGGACUCAAAUCUAUUAAGGGAAAUAACACAAACAUCCAGUCAUCUGAAUUAAGGAUUGUACUGUUUGGGAAAAGUGAGGACAAAAAAACGACAUUGGGAAACUUUAUCAUGAAGAAAACAGCUUUCCAUUUUAACAAAAUUCACACAAGCACUAAGCACUGUUUGGCUGCCUGUGGAGAGUGGAAAGGAAAACGUUUAACAGCGGUGAAAACUCCUGACAUCUUCAGUCUGCCUGUGGAAACAGUGAGAGAAGAGAUGAAGAACUGCAUGGAUCUUUGCUCUCCUGGACCAAAUGUUCUGUUGCUGUUAGUGAAGCCUUCUGACUUCACAGAGGAGAACAGACUCACUCUGAAGUUCAUCCUGAGUUUGUUUGGUCAAGAGGCCUUUAAACACUCCAUGGUCAUCAGCACACAUGAGGGAGGUGGAACAAGUUCAUCUGUAAAGCAGCUCCUCAAAGAAUGUGGAGGAAGGCACUACAGCAUGUUAUCAGAUAACCGUCCACUGUUAAUGGAGAUGAUGGAGAACAUUGUGAGAGAAAACAAUGAGAGCUGCCUCACCUCCACUGAAGAGACAGCUACUGUGAGACCAGAGUGUGUGAACCUGGUGCUCUGUGGGAGGAGAGGAGCAGGGAAGACUUCAGCACCCGAGGCCAUUUUGGGCCAGAAGAUGUUUGAUUCAGGCUCUGAGUCUGCAGUGUGUGUGAAGAAUCAGGGAGAGGUGUGUGGACGUCGGGUUUGCCUGGUGGAGCUUCCUGCCUUGUCUGGAAAACCUCAGGAGGCAGUGAUGAAGGAAUCAUUCAGGUGUGUCUCCCUCUGUGAUCCUGAGGGCGUCCACGCCUUCGUCCUGGUCAUACCUGUGGGUCCCCUCACGGAUGAAGACACAGGAGAGUUAGAGACCAUCCAGAGCACAUUCAGCUCACAGGUCAAUGACUUUACCAUGAUUCUGUUCACUGUGGAGUCAGAUCCUAACCAUCCAGCUGUUGUUAACUUUCUAAGUCAGGACCAGGACAUCCAGCAGCUCUGUCAGCGUUAUGGAGGACGAUACGUUGUCCUCAACAUCAAGGACAGACAGCAAGCACCUGAGGUGUUGGAUGCUGUGGAAAAGAUGAGUCCUGCAGGAUCCAGAUGCUUUACAAUGGAGAUGUUUAUCAAGGCUCAGUUGAAGAAGAUUGUAGAGCAGGAGAAAACUAUUACAAGACUCACAGCUGAAGUGCACAAUCUGAAAAUGAAGGGAGAGGUGGCAGGUUUUGAAAGUCAGAGCACAGAGGGCCUCAGGAUGGUGCUGAUAGGGAAGACUGGCAGUGGGAAGAGUGCAAGUGGAAACACCAUCUUGGGCAAAGAUCAUUUUAAUUCUGAACCCAGUAUGAUGUCUGUGACCAAAUUUUGUGAGAAAGCAGCUGGAGAGAUUGAUGGCAGGCCUGUUGUUGUGGUCGACACGCCCGGCUUGUUCGACACAACUCUCUCCAAUGAUGUAGUUGCACAGGAGCUUCUGAAGUGCAUCAGCAUGUUGGCUCCUGGACCACAUGUGUUCUUACUGGUGCUGCAGAUUGGUCGCUUUACACAGGAGGAAAAAGAAACAGUGAAUCUGAUCAAGAAAGUUUUUGGUGAGAAGUCAGGAGAUUUCAUCAUUGUUGUGUUCACUAGAGGAGAUGAUCUGGGAAAUAAAUCUUUUGAGAGUUACAUAGAGAAGGGUAAUGACUUUGUCAAAAAGCUGAUAGCUGACUGUGGAGGGAGAUACCAUGUCUUCAACAACAGGGAUCAGACAAACUGCACACAAGUCAGAGAGCUGCUGACAAAGAUCGACAACAUGGUGAAGACAAAUGGAGGAGGCUGCUACACCACUGAGAUGUUCCAAGAAGCCGAGGAAGCCAUACAGAAGGAAGUGGAGAAGAUUUUGAAGGAGAAGGAAGAAGAGAUGAAGAGAGAGAAGGAGGAGCUGGAAAGAAAACAUGAAGAAGAAAUGGAAGCAGUAAGAAGAAGAAUGGAGGAACAGAGAUCUGAAAUUGAACAGGAGAGAAAACAGAGAGCUAAACUUCUUAAAGAAAAGGAGGAAGACAUUAACAAAGAGCGAGAGGAGAGAAAGAAAGAAAAUGAAAGGAGAGAAGAAGAAGACAGGAAAAGGAAAGAACAGGAGGAAGUUCAGCGACAGGAAUGGAAACAAAAACUUGAAGCCUUGGAGAACAAAAUCAAAUCAGAAUCAGAACAAAAAGAAAAUGUUGACCAGCAGCUGGAGCAGAGCAGAGAAGAAAUGAGAAAACAGCGAGAGGCUUGGGAGAAGCAAAGAAAAGAAUGGUGGGAAAAAAGAUAUUGUGAAGAUGAACAGAGACGAGAGGAGGAGCGAACGAGACUUCAAAAGCUUCAGGAAGAGUACGAGCAGGAAAGGAGGAAAGAAGAAAACAAAAGAAAAGAAGAAGAUCGAAUCAGAAGAGAACAGGAGGAAAAACAGCGAAAAGAAUUAGAGGAAGAAUAUAAGAAAGAACUGGAGAAUAUGAAGAAGAAAUAUGAAGAGGAGGCAAGAAAGAAGGCAGAAGAAUUCAAUGAAUUCAGAGAGAAAAAGAUCAAGGAGUUUGCAGCUAUGAUGGAAAAACAUAAGGAGGAGAUGAAGGCUCUGAAGCAAGAACACGAGAAACAAAUUCAAGAGAAAAAGGAGAAAUAUGACCUCUUAAAGGGGCUGUCAGACUACAAAGAAAAAAAUCUCAAGGAGGAAUUAGAAAAACUGAAGAAAGAACAUGAAAAGGAAAUCAAAGAAUGGGAACAGAAAGACAAAGACAAAUGUAUCAUCCUCUGAUAAUUCUGUCCAGUUUGUUCAUUAUAAUGACAUCACUGUGACCCCACCUUCACCACACACACACAC